GGGACAGAUCCUAGGCAGAAUGGAGGAACACACAGAGGCAGGCUCCGUACCGGGACUGGGAAACCAGAGGGUUUUAAUUAACAACUCUGCUGACAUCCUGGUCAUUGCUGCUUAUUUCCUGCUGGUCAUUGGUGUCGGCUUGUGGUCCAUGUGCAGAACCAACAGAGGCACUGUCGGCGGCUACUUCCUGGCAGGACGAAGCAUGGUGUGGUGGCCGGUCGGGGCCUCCCUCUUUGCCAGCAACAUCGGCAGUGGCCACUUUGUGGGCCUGGCAGGGACUGGUGCUGCAAGCGGCUUGGCUGUGGCUGGAUUUGAGUGGAAUGCGCUGUUCGUGGUGCUGUUACUGGGCUGGGUCUUCGCACCAGUGUACCUGACCGCGGGCGUCAUUACCAUGCCGCAGUACCUGCGCAAGCGCUUCGGAGGCCAUCGUAUCCGCCUCUACCUGUCAGUGCUCUCGCUUUUUCUGUACAUCUUCACCAAGAUUUCGGUGGACAUGUUCUCCGGGGCAGUAUUCAUUCAACAGGCUCUGGGCUGGAACAUCUAUGCCUCUGUCAUCGCCCUUCUGGGCAUCACCAUGAUCUACACUGUGACAGGAGGGCUGGCGGCGCUGAUGUACACAGAUACCGUGCAGACCUUCGUCAUUCUUGGGGGGGCCUUCAUCCUCAUGGGUUACGCCUUCCACGAGGUGGGCGGGUACUCGGGGCUUUUCGACAAAUACUUGGGGGCAAUGACGUCGCUGACGGUGUCCGAGGAUCCGGCGGUGGGCAACAUCUCCAGUUCCUGCUAUCGACCCCGUCCGGACUCCUACCAUCUGCUCCGGGACCCUGUGACGGGGGACCUGCCGUGGCCGGCACUGCUCCUGGGUCUUACCAUCGUCUCGGGCUGGUACUGGUGCAGCGACCAGGUCAUCGUGCAGCGCUGUCUGGCCGGGAAGAGCCUGACCCACAUCAAGGCGGGCUGCAUACUGUGUGGCUACUUGAAGCUGAUGCCCAUGUUCCUCAUGGUCAUGCCAGGCAUGAUCAGCCGCAUUCUUUAUCCGGACGAGGUGGCGUGCGUGGUGCCCGAGGUGUGUAAGCGCGUGUGCGGUACCGAGGUGGGCUGCUCCAACAUCGCCUACCCGCGCCUUGUUGUGAAGCUCAUGCCCAACGGUCUGCGCGGACUCAUGCUGGCCGUCAUGCUGGCCGCGCUCAUGUCCUCGCUGGCUUCCAUCUUUAACAGCAGCAGCACGCUUUUCACCAUGGACAUCUACACGCGCCUGCGGCCCCGCGCAGGCGACCGCGAGCUGCUGAUAGUAGGACGGCUCUGGGUGGUGUUCAUCGUGGCGGUCUCCGUGGCCUGGCUGCCCGUGGUGCAGGCAGCGCAGGGCGGGCAGCUCUUCGACUACAUGCAGGCCGUCUCCAGCUACCUGGCGCCACCUGUGUCUGCCAUCUUCGUGCUGGCGCUCUUCGUGCCCCGCGUCAACGAGAAGGGUGCCUUCUGGGGACUGAUUGGGGGCCUGCUUAUGGGUCUGGCACGACUUAUUCCUGAGUUCUCCUUUGGCUCGGGCAGCUGCGUGCAACCCUCGGCGUGCCCAGCACUCCUCUGCGGCAUGCACUACCUCUACUUCGCCAUCGUGCUCUUCAUCUGCUCCGGCCUCCUCACCCUCGUCGUCUCACUGUGCACAGCACCCAUCCCACGCAAGCACCUCCACCGCCUGGUUUUCAGUCUGCGGCACAGCAAGGAGGAGCGAGAGGACCUGGAUGCUGAUGAGCCGGAAGGUCCCGCCUCCCCCCCCAUCCAGAAUGGGUGUCCGGAGCGUGCAGUGGACAUGGAGGAGCCCCAGUCCCCAGCUCCAGGCCUGGUCCGCAGGUGCCUGCUCUGGUUCUGUGGAAUGAGCGGGGCUGGGGCCGGUAGCCCCGCUGCCCCUACCCAGGAGGAGGUGGCUGCCGCAGCCAGGCGGCUGGAGGACAUCAGCGAGGACUCGAGCUGGGCCCGUGUGGUCAACUUCAAUGCCCUGCUAAUGAUGGCUGUGGCCACGUUCCUCUGGGGCUUUUAUGCCUGAGGCGAACCCUGUUGGACACCAUGAGCCACAGCCAGGACAGGGCUCAGCCUCACAAUGAAUGGGCGUGAGGAGCCUGCAGUGGUGAGAAGGGAGAACGGCAGGAGCAGGAGUGGGGGGGUAGGCCCUGGUUCCCCUUCUCUCCACCUUGUCUCUGUCUGGGGCCCCUGUCCAUCCGACUGGCGGUUAUAGCCCAUGAGGCCUUGGCCAAACUGCCACAGCAAUUCCCCUAAACGAAAAUAAAGCCACUGUUCCCACA